CUUGCGAGAGUUACUCGAGUCUGCAAACGAGAAGGUCGAAAGCUUAAAAUACGUCCAGGAGGACAACGAGAACUUGCUCAGAGAAAACGGUGAACUCGAGAGUCUUAUAUUGGAAUUUGUCAAGGAGCGCGAAAGCUUGCGUGCCGCCUCCGAAGCAGAAGCCCGGGUAUUGCGCUCAACUGCCUUAAAAAGAGUAUGUGGAGGUACUCCAACGAGCCAUAAUCAAUGCACCUGCACAUGUCAUCAUUCUGCCAACGCAGAUACCAGCAAGCCUGAACCCGCUCCUUUUGCGGAGACUGACUCGCCACCUGUCGACUCGGUCAUGGAAGUGUCUAUAUGCAGAGACGCGCACCUCGGUUCUGGACUAGACAUCUCCUACUCCGGCGGAGAGGUUAUGAGUGAGGCGUUGGCUGCUGACAAAUGCCUCCAGGAGCUGGAAUCAAAGACAGCCGAACUGUCGGCUGCUAAGGCCUCUUUGAUGUCCGCACAGUCAGAAAUCGCAGAUCUGCUUCGCAGUUGGCGCUUGGAGCUGACCCCUUGUUACUCUUCCCCUGUCGGGAAUGCGGCCUUCCAAUUCCUUUUGAUGCUAAAGAUGCGCAAUUGCGUUGAGUGCCUAUUGGCUGCGGCUAUGGUGCGAGUGGAAAACUUGGAGAGCGAUUUGGCUUCUGUCAAGGAAGAGGGGGACGGCAAAGCUACUCGGUGGUCAGAACAACGUCGUCAGCUCACGGAAGAGAUCCAGCGAUGCAAACAGCAGCUGCAGGCUCGGGAGUCCAACUUGACCGGCCAAAUGCAACAGGCUAAGGCCCAACACCAGACUGAACUCUCUGAAUUGCACUUCCAGGUGGAACAAUUGAAGGGUCAUAUAGCCAGUCUGUCUCACGAACACACCAAAGAGCUCUCCUCACUAAACAACAAACUCACCAGCGAACGCGCAAACUUUGAUGGGCAGGUCGCCUCUCUUUGCUCCGAAAAGGAAGCCCUCAUUCACGAACUACAGGAGGCCACCAUUUCCCUC